ACCAGGGUUUGCCUCUCGCUCGGCGGUCCUCAAGUUUCACUUCGGUGGUGUGCUUUUUGUGUUGUCGGGCAGAACGAGACACUAUCAAGCCGGGGUGGCGUGGGUCCUCUCCUCGUACAUAGACUUCAUUGUAUUCCCCUCGUUUGUGCGUUUUAAAAGGUUCUCCCCGCACAACUAUGUCGAGCGAGUCUGGAUUCUCCAGCGAGGAGGUGCUGAACAGUCGCUUCCCUCUGCACCGGGCGUGCAGGGAUGGAGACGUCGGCGCCUUGUGCUCCCUGCUUCAAAGCACCGUCAAUCCGGCUGUCCUCACCGUGGAGGACACCUUCUACGGCUGGACGCCCAUACAUUGGGCGGCGCAUUUCGGAAAGCUGGAGUGUGUGAUGCGCCUUGUGCAGGUGGGCUGCGGGGUCAACAUGGUGACAUCCAAGUUUGCACAGACUCCCACUCACAUUUCGGCAUUUGGAGGCCACCCCGAGUGCUUGUUAUGGCUCCUUCAAGCUGGUGCAGACAUUAAUAGACAGGACUAUGUGGGCGAGACGCCCAUCCAUAAGGCUGCACGUGCAGGCAGUCUGGAGUGCAUCAACGCUCUCUUGGUACAGGGAGCAAAAGCUGAUGUGAGGAAUGCCAGUGGGCUGACCGCUGCCGACCUGGCCCACGCACAGGGAUUUCGAGAGUGCGCCGAGCUUCUCUCCAAUGCCCAGAACUUCCAACAAAACAUGUCUCAGUUCCAUAACGGUGCCUUUCUCAAUGGCAUCACUCAGAAUGGGGGCCACGUUCAUCCCACUAUCCAGGGCCGCAGCUUCUCGAACGGCAUACCCAACAGAAAGCGGUCAUUUGAUGAGCAGGAAGUCAAUCCGGUGAAGAAGGCCAGGCCUAAUGGUCUGGGCAUGCCGCUUGAGAUGCAGAACGGAAACGCGCCACUGUGUGGUGCCGGAGGCACCCAGAUGGAGGGCAUGUCCAUAGAGUUGGCAUCUACUGUAACCUCAGUGGGCUUUCCUUCAGUCGGUCAGUGUCCGCCCCAGCUUGCGUUUGGGUGCGAGGAAGAAAAGCAACGUGACCCACCCUCCUACCACAGGGAGUCACCUGAGACGAGCCAAGUGGAGCACCAGAAGUGUGUGAACGCUCAGCAGUUCUACGACCACACCUUCCUCAGCACCAUGCUGCUCUACCAUGGAGCCUAAAGUGUCCUUCAUUUGCCUUACAAAAAUAGUCAUUACUGGUCUCUUCAAAGGCCGGGCUAUUUUCUUUUUGUUGUUGUAAAUAACCGACGCAGACGUGGGUCUUAAUUUGUGUUGUUAAAGCGAUUGUUUAUGUUUGUAAUAUUCGAAAGUGAGUAUUUUCAUUAAAGCACUGCCGACGCUCGAGAA